AUGGCUGGCAGCGGAGACACGCAGUACGAAGCAGUCAUUGUCGGUGGCGGGCCUUCGGGCAUCGCCGCUGCCUGCCAACUCCAGAUGAAACUCGGGCUGACCAAGAUCAAGAUCUUUGAACGCGGCAGCAAGUACGGCGGGACGUGGUACCACAACCGCUAUGCCGGCGCUGGCUGCGACAUCCCACCUCGGCUCUAUUCGUUUUCAUUCCACCAGAAGAAGCAGUGGCAGGACUUUAUGGCCAAGCAGCCCGAGAUGGAGUCAUACCUCCAGGACGCUGCCCACGCCUUUGGUCUCGAGCGGUUCGCCGAGUUCAACAGCGAUGUCUACUCGGCAGAGUGGAUCGAGCAACAGACGCACUGGAAGGUCAAGUAUCGCUCGCUGGAUGGUAACAAGCACGGCGUCGUCACGGCGAGGGUGUUGAUCAAUGCAUCUGGUGCACUGAGUGUCCCGAGGGACUGCGACGUGCCCGGCUGGCAGACGUUCAAAGGUCCGCUCUUCCACUCGGCCAAGUGGGACACCCAGGUCGAUUUCAACGGCAAGGACGUGGUGGUGCUGGGCAACGGUUGCAGCGGCACACAGGUGGUUCCAUCGAUUGCAAAGCGAGUCAAGUCGCUCACACAAGUAGUCAGAGCCAAGCACUGGUAUGCUCCCACCCCGCAGAACCCUUUCGCCGGAUCUGGCUUCGACUGGCUCCAGCGCAACGUGCCUGGGUGGAUUACGUUCGAGCGUCUCAUCUUCACUCUCUUCCUCGACGCCCACUUCAUCCAGGCCUGGAACAAGGAAGGCAAAGGUGCCCGCGAUCGCUUUGCCGCCAACUCGCACCUGUACGUUUCCACAGUCGCCCCCGAGCGGUACCACCACCUGCUCCUCCCCACCCAGGACGAGCUCAAGGUCGCCUGCAAGCGCCGCGUGUUCGACGACGCCUACAUCCCCAGUCUCAACCUUGCCAACGUCGACCUCACCUCGGACCAGGCGGUUGAGAUCACCGAGGACACCGUGGUGCUGCAGUCCGGCCGCAGAGUGAAGGCUGAUAUCAUUGUGCUGGCAUCUGGCUUCAAGACGGGUGAGACCAACGUGCAGAUGCGUGUCGUCGGCCGCCAUGGCAAGGAGCUCAACGAGGUGUGGGCCAAGCACGGCGCGCCCCAAGCCUACCGUACCGUGCUGUGCCACGACUUUCCCAACUUUGCACUGCUCUGGGGACCCGGGUCGGUCACAGGCCACUACUCGGCCAUCUUCACGAUCGAGAGCUCGGUGCGCUUCAUGUGCACUCUCUUCAAGCCGCUCUUCCUCGCUGGGGACUCGACCGUCCCCUUGCUGCAACGAUCCGCAGGCCGCACAGUCGACGUCAAGGCCGACGCACAGCACAAGGAAGACGUCAUGGUGCAGACGCAGAUGCGUGACCUCAUCUACACGUCGGGCUGCAAGGGCUGGUACACCAACUCGAACGGUCGCGUCUCGACCCUGUACCCUGGCUUCCAGCUGACGUUCGCCUGGAGGAGCGACCACCCGAUUGCAGCGGAUCUCGUCUACACGGGCCUCGCGCCAAACACGCGUGCCAGCAGCUACUGGAGCUACUGGCAGCAGCUGGCAUCGUGGCUCAAGUUGGGAGAUGUGCCCGAGUACCGAGCUGAGAGGCUGCGUAGACGCUCGUGGAUCGCUAGGCUCUUGCUCGACCCGCUCACCAAAGUGUUGCGCAGAGUGAGCAUCUGGUGGCUCAUGAUCAUGGUUUGGGUGGCGGAUAAGAGUUUGUUCUACACCCGCGGAGCCAAGGACUUUGACAUGGUCAAGCAGCAAUACCUCGAGGCCAAGUAG